AUGGAGGCGGUUCGUAGUAAGGAGCAAAUCAUGGACGUUAGGUCAGUAGCCGAAGCGGUCGCUUCUGCUGGGGACGACGACCUAGACUCCCCGCUUUAUGAGCUCGAGAGCCUCUGUAUGCGUUGCGGCCAAAAUGGAGUAACAAGGUUAUUGUUGACUUCAAUUCCUCACUUCAGAAAGAUCCUGUUAUCAGCCUUUGAAUGUCCACAUUGUGAUGAGAGGAAUAAUGAAGUCCAGUUUGCGGGUGAAAUUCAGCCACGGGGUUGUUGUUACUGCUUGAAUGUCACAGCAGGCAAUCAGAAGAUGCUCGAUCGUCAGGUUGUGAAAUCUGAAUCUGCAACCAUAAAGAUUCCUGAACUGGACUUCGAAAUUCCUCCUGAGGCACAGCGUGGUAGCCUAUCAACAUUGGAAGGAAUUUUGAUGCGUGCUGUUGAUGGCUUGCAAGCACUUCAAGAGGAACGCAGGAAAGUGAAUCCUGAAACUGCCGAAGCAAUAGAUCAAUUCUUGUCCAAGUUGAGGGCUUGUGCUAGGGGAGAUUCAUCAUUCACUGUCAUCUUGGACGAUCCUGCUGGAAACAGCUUUAUUGAAAACCCGUGUGCUCCAUCACCAGAUCCAGCAUUGAGUAUCAAGUUCUACGAUCGAACUCCAGAACAACAGGCAUCUUUGGGAUAUAUGCCUAAUCCAACACAGCCUGGAGUGGACACAGCAUCUGCAGAGAGAACAGAGAAUGAUAAUGCCAAUCCAGGAGAAGUAGAACCUCACGGAUCGAUAGGAGCAGUGGCUGGUCAUCGAGCCAUUGCUCAGAGUAAUAGUUCGGAAAUUUCUGAAGCUUUGUUCCGGUACACUUCACCAGAAGAGGUUAUGACAUUCCCAUCAACCUGUGGAGCUUGUGCUGUCAGGAGUGAAACUCGGAUGUUUGUCACUAACAUCCCAUACUUCCAAGAAGUAAUUGUGAUGGCAUCCACUUGUGAUUCCUGUGGUUACCGUAGUUCUGAGCUGAAGCCAGGUGGGGCAAUUCCUGAAAAGGGGAAGAAAAUAUCACUUUGUGUGAAGAAUGUUAAAGACCUCAGUCGUGAUGUCAUAAAGUCUGAUACUGCAGGUGUGACAAUCCCCGAGCUUGAUUUGGAACUGACAAGUGGCACUUUAGGAGGAUUAGUGACAACAGUGGAAGGGUUGGUUACAAAUAUCAGUGAAAGCCUUGAGAGAGUGCAUGGAUUUACAUUUGGUGACAGCCUUGAGGAAUCCAGGAAAAGCAAGUGGCUAGAUUUUAGAUCAAGACUAAUUAAGAUUCUAAACCUUGAAAAGCCUUUUACUUUGAUUCUUGAUGAUGCAUUGGCAAAUUCUUUCAUUGCUCCAGCAACAGAUGAUCUCAAAGACGACCAACAGCUUAUAUUUGAGGAGUACGAGAGGUCGUUCGAGCAGAACGAAGAGCUGGGACUGAACGAUUUGGACACGUCUUCAGCUGAUGCAGCGUAUAACGCUAGCUCCAGUUCUGCUGCCGUUGAAGAAGAGAAGUAG